CCCUGACUAAGUGGCGGGCCCCCGACUCUUCCACACGUUCCAGUCACUAAACCCGCUUCGUUUCGCGGGAAUGAGCGCCGUUUCCCACCGCCCCACUGGGAGCGCCCGGCCGGGGACGGCCACCAAUAGGAAGCGGGCGGCGCUGACGUCACGUCCCUAAUCCCGCCCCCACCCAGUGCCUUCUAAGCACGUUCUUCCGCCCGCUUCCCCCUUUCUCUCCUUUUCUCCGCCAUCGCCGCUGUGCGAACGUGGCCGGUGUUCGCCAUGUCUUCCCACAAGACGUUUAGGAUCAAGCGGUUCCUGGCCAAGAAACAAAAGCAGAACCGGCCCAUUCCUCAAUGGAUUCGGAUGAAAACUGGUAAUAAGAUCAGGUACAAUUCCAAGAGGCGGCACUGGAGAAGAACAAAGCUGGGUCUGUAAGGAAUUCCACGAGACACGCAUGUGCACAUAUGAGCCUACAGGGUGUU